AUGUGGGAAGCGAAAGCCAUCGCUGUCUUGGGCUGCAUGUCCAACUUAGAGUUGAUCUUCGAAGGGGUGCUGGCCAUAAUGCAUAGCGCCGUUGUCCCUUGGAGCCCGGGUGUGGAAGACCUAGUACAGCGGUACCGGGGCAUGGAGCAUGCCAGUUACUUCUAUGAAUCCCACUACAACGAAGAGACGGGACGGCUGCUGUUCCUGGUGUCUCAAAAGCUUUGUCAUAUGUUGGAGUCCAAUAUUCCUAUGGUGUUGCCAGAAGUCCAAGAUCUUCCAGAGGUCAUCUACUGCAUGGCUUGCCAAGCAGCGACACUCUGCAGUCCGGAUCUUAUUUUAGAUGUCUUGGAGUUUUGCAAACACGCUUCUUUUGCCCGUGAAAUCUACGCCAAGUGCCAAAUGGAAGAUCUUGGGUUUCUACCGCAGGCAAGCUCUCUCCAGACUGAGAAAGACCCUUAUGGAGCCUGGACGUUUGAGGAUUUCUUCACUGAAGACGGGGCCGUCCUCGACACCCCCGCCGUCCUCCCUUCCACGUACAAAAUUGCUUCCUCCCUUGUACCUCUGGCAGGUAGACUCAACCGCCUUCAUCUCUCCUUCGCGUUCCACUCCCCGUAAGCCCCGCGAGAAAAUCCCACCAAGAAAGCUUUGGGCCGCCUCCUGGAGGGCAUCCAUCGCCAGGCGCUUCUCGACGGUGCUAUAAAACAAGGCCCCUCAAACUUUUAAAACAGGGGGCCAGUUCGCGGUUCCUCAGGCUGUUGGUGGGGGGGGAAGGGGCGCCAGAUCGGCUGGGUGGGUGUGCCUCUGAGUGGUCGCAUGGCUGGGUGGGCGUGGCUAGGUGGUCAUGGGACUUAUUUGCGCGUGGCCAAUAUAGUAGUCUAUCAAAUGAUACACAAAAAUUAAACUUUGUUGUGCUCCUGGGGGGAAGGCCAGGUCAGUGAAGGUAUGUGGCUGC